AUGGUGUGGCGUGGUCUGUUUGCUGUAAUGGGGCAAGUGCUUGUUCCUGAUUUCUUCAACCGCAAACACACGCUGACAUUGCCCCCGCUUUUAAUCUUCUACUUCAUCUGCACUACCGUCAUUAUGACUUACCGUCGUGUCUUGAGCGAGAUGACCCGCACUGCUUCGCGUCUGAGCAAGAACUCGCGCGGCGUGCCUACGAUCCGUGAGAACAUCAAGGCUGAGCUCAGGCUGCCCAAGACGCCUGCUCCUGCCGAGCGCACGCCCAUUCAGAGCAACCUGUUCAUGAUGGGUCAGCAGCUGCCCAAGCUUUAA